CUCUGAGGUGCAUCCCCACCCAGUGAUGCUGAGCACCUCCUCAUCCCUAGAACAUGACAUCAUCGUGAACGGCUGCUGCUCAGUCAGUCGGAGUCUGUGACUGUUGUUGCUAAGGGCGUGGGCAUUGUGUGUUUCCUUUUUCUUUUUUUAAAUUUCCACUGGCUUCCACAGCUCCAUGGAUCCUGCCGGGUUGACGGACCCGUUCAUCAUCUUGCGGCUGCGCGUGAUUAUCGUCACCAGCGAGGAAACACCGAAUUACGGAUAAAAAGAAUCGGAGUCGCGUCGGCGCCUGGUACUCGAACGCACCACUUGCGAUAGACAGUUCCGACCAAAUGCAGUUGAAUACAUGAGUAGAGACUCUUCAUUUCCCGCUGUCUCGUAUCAGCUUCAUAUGGCUUUUUAUCGGCGGAUCGGUUUCAGGUGAAUAAGGUGUGAUCAUCAUCAUCAUCCUCAUCAUCUCAGCCAACCGGCUCCAUCAGACAUGGCAGCGCGCACAUCAGAGCCGCUCUGUCAGCCGUGCGUCUACCAUGAGGCGUUCAAAGUGGAGCUACAGGUGAGGAGACCUCUGAUGCCGGUCCAGCUGGGUCCAGAGCAGGUGGGCCUGGAGAUGCUCUGUCUGUGUGAGCAGCUGGACCUCCUCAUCCGGGCACAGAUGCAGCAGUUCCAGGAGCAGUUUGGACACGGCUGCAGCCCGGAGGAAUCGGACACUUUCCAGGCUCAAGGAUCAGAGAUUCUUGACCAGAUGCUGCAGUGCCUUGAACAUCUACCAAAGCCUAUGCCCCAGCUGGAGGACUACCUGGACAUGACGGGUCUGUCAGCGAUGUUUCCUCGUGUGGAGGUGUUCCUCAUUCAAGGCAGCCCCGUGGAAAUGUUGGAGAGGCCCCCGAUGGAUGAUUACUUCUUCCACAUUGCCAAACUGAACCAGCUCUUGGUGCUGAGUCAACAGCUCGAGGAAGAUAUGAGGCACCUUGGAAGUCACAAAUACAUCGCCCACCAGCUCUCGGUGAUAUAUCAAGUCAUCAGCUCAUUCGGGGGAAUUCAGGUCUUCUCUGAGAUAAAGAAAGAUAUCGAGGCCAACUUCAAACAGAUGAAACAGUCUCUCGCGAGCGACGAGGGCUCCAGGCAUGAGCCUCAGCUGGCUGCUCACUACACCAACUGGAUAUUAGAAAUAACUCAGAGCGUGAUAUCGGUGGUGUUGUCACUACCGGAGGAGCUGACGGACGACCUUCACCAGGCUGUGACCUUCGUGUCCCAUCUCCUGUCCUGACUCACCCCCCGGCGAACGGACACCUCUGACUCUACAAACCCCCCGGUGGUCUGAUGCACCGGGCCUUUCUCCGGGAGUCUCCUGCUUCUAGAUGAACUGAUGUUGUUAUGACUGUGAACAGGUGCUACAUACAUUGAUUCAACUGACUGAUGGUGCGGGGUUGGAAAAGCCUAUACUUCAUUCACAAAUCGUCUAGGUUUUUAUACGUCCCCUCUGAAUGUGGCUCAUAUAAGUCUGUGGUGAGUCAGUUGUUCGGAAAAGGAAUGUAAUCUUGUCGAAUCCCUCCUUGCACUGCUGUUAAUAAUAACUGCUGUUGUAAUUUUUUUAACCUUAAGUGAAAUAAUAAAGUUGAAUGCAAUAGGGAGGCUUUUGCAUGUCCUCGCUGUAGACAUCAUCGCUACACACUUGUACUUUGUCAUGGCAGGAAGAAAAACACCGGUGAAGGACUGCAACUAAAGAUUAUUU